GCUCAGGCACUGCCCCGGCCACCUCUGCCGGGUCCUAGGGAAGAUGGCGGCGCCCUGGUGGCGAGCUGUGCUGUGUGGAAGUCGGAGGUGGCGGAGCUUCGGCACUUCGGCCGCCCUGAGUCGCCGGACCGCCCCUCUGGGGCCGAUGCCCAACGAGGACAUCGAUGUGAGCAACCUGGAGCGGCUGGAGAAGUACCGAAGCUUCGACCGUUACCGGCGCCGGGCGGAGCAGGAGGCGCGGGACCCGCACUGGUGGCGGACGUACCGGGAGUACUUCUGCCGGGAGUCAGAUCCCAAAGACAAGAUCGACAUCGGGCUACCCCCACCCAAGGUCAGCCGGACCCAACAGCUGCUGGAGCGGAAAAGGGUCCUCCGGGAGCUGCGGGCCAACCCAGAGGAGGAGCGGGCCGCCCGCCUCCGCACAGCGCGCAUCCCACUGGAGGCGGUGCGGGCCGAGUGGGAGAGGACCUGUGGCCCGUAUCACAAGCAGCGUCUGGCCGAGUACUGUGGCCUCUAUCGAGACCUGUUCCACGGCGCCACCUUCGUGCCCCGCGUCCCCCUGCACGUGGCCUAUGCCGUGGGCGAGGAUGACGUGAUGCCUGUAUACCACGGCAACGAGGUCACUCCCACGGAGGCUGCCCAGGCCCCGGAGGUGACCUACGAGGCAGACAAGGGCUCUCUAUGGACACUGCUGCUCACCAACUUGGAUGGACACCUGCUGGAGCCGGAUGCCGAAUACGUCCACUGGCUGGUAACCAACAUCCCAGGGGACAGGGUGGCUGAAGGACAGGAGACGUGUCCCUACCUGCCCCCCUUCCCUGCCCGAGGCUCCGGCUUCCACCGCUUUGCGUUCCUGCUCUUCAAACAGGAUAAGCCAAUUGACUUCUCCGGGGACGCCCGGCCCUCACCCUGCUACCAGCUUGCCCAGAGGACCUUCCGCACUUUUGAUUUCUACAAGAAACACCAGGAUGCCAUGACACCAGCUGGCCUGGCCUUUUUCCAGUGCCGCUGGGAUGAUUCAGUCACCCACAUCUUCCACCAGCUUCUGGACAUGCGGGAGCCCGUGUUCGAGUUUGUCAGGCCACCCCCUUACCACCCUGAGCAGAAGCGCUUCCCCCACCGGCAGCCCUUGCGCUACCUGGACCGGUACAGGGACAGUCACGAACCCACCUACGGUAUCUACUGAGUGGCCAGAGUGCCGCCCACCCCGGGAAGUAGACUGGGCCUCUCGGGCUCCACCAGCAGGAACAAUAAAGACACAGCUCCACCGGGCCAGGCCGUGGGCUUCUGGGUCCUGCUCGAGGCCGUGCCUCUGUGGCCCUCCCAGCAGGCCCAGGGUUUGGGGAUGAAGAGAGGUCUCCGAGGAUGGUGGUGGAACAUGUGAAUAAAGGUGAUUUUUUUAA